AUGGCAAACCAUCUUCCCGAUCCAUUAACCACUUCCACUAAACCAAGUCUAAACAAAGAAGAACGAUUUGAUGAAGAAACACUGAGCUUGCAAGGGGAGAGGAUUUUGUACACCGCGAUGGCCUUCCCUAUGGUAUUCAAAUCUGCCUUGGAGCUUGGCGUUAUUGACACGAUUGCAGCUGUAGAUGAAGGUGUGUGGCUCUCAUCUUCUGAGAUUGUGCAUCGCCUCCCAACCAAACCCACCAACCCAAAUGCAGCGGUGAUGUUGGACCGGAUGCUGGGUUUACUAGCCAGUUACUCGAUCUUGAAGUACCGUAUGGUUGAAACCGGAGAAAAUGGUGCAACCCGAAAAUUUGAGAGGGUAUAUGCUGCUGAACCGGUUUGCAUGUCUUUCUUGAACCGUGGAGAUGGCUCAGGGUCCCUCGCGUCUCUGUUCAUGUUAUCCACAAGCGAAGUCUUUUUCAAGACUUGGGCACAUCUGAAAGAUUUGAUAUUAGAAGGAAAAGAUGCAUUUACAUCUGCUCAUGGCAUGAAACUCUUUGAAUACGUUGGUUUCAAUGAACAAUUGGCUGAGUUGCUUAACCGGGGAAUGUCAGAAGGUUCUACCCUGACCAUGAAGAAAGUUCUAGAAGUUUACAGAGGAUUCGAAGAUGUAAACACUUUGGUGGAUGUGGGAGGAGGAAUUGGAACCAUUGUAGGUCUAGUGACUUCCAAGUAUCCUCAUAUUAAAGGCAUCAAUUUUGAUUUAGCCUCGGCUAUAGCCCAUGCUCCUCUUUAUCCAGGAGUGAAGCAUGUUUCGGGAGAUAUGUUUAUUGAAAUCCCAAAAGGAGAUGCCAUCUUCAUGAAAUGGAUACUACAUGAUUGGAGCGAUGAAGACUGUGUAAAAAUUCUAAAAAAUUGUUGGAAAAGUCUUCCCGAGAAAGGAAAAGUGAUAAUAGUCGAGAUGAAUAUGCCAGUGAAGACAAAGAUCAACGAUUUUGCUUCUAACAUUGUGUUUUCCAGUGACAUGCACAUGUUACUACAAUGCUCAGGUGGUAAGGAAAGGUCUUUUUAUGAGAUCCAAACUCUAGCCUCUAAUUCGGGUUUCUCUCGUUGUGAGAUUAUAUGUCAUGCUUAUGCAUAUUGUGUUGUCGAACUCCACAAAAUAUAG